UCAUUAAAAAUUCGUCGCCCUCGCUCGUUGUUCAUUGGCCAAGAGUUAUCGCAGUUCUAUUUUUAGAUUACGAGAUGUAUUUAUACAGGAGUAAACGCCCAAGCGAAUACACUGCCUUCUCUACCCAAAUUACAAAGGAUUUUAGUCAAAUUUACGGCAUCUCAGAUCUCAAUGAUGCCUUCGAUUUGAACUUGGAUCGAGUAUAAGUAAACUGACACAAUGCAACAAGCUGCAUCACGGAGUCUUCUUGCCUUUAAGGGCAGAUGCAUGGAUGUCAAGUUUGACAUAGGAAACUCAAAUUAUAAGCCUCUUGAGAAGAUAGGAACAGGUGCCUAUGGAGUUGUUUGUUCAGCGCUCAAUAAGAAGAAUGGCGAGAAGGUAGCUAUAAAGAAGAUUCCAAACUCUUUUGAUGAGCUCACCACUGCCAAGAGAACCUUUAGAGAGUUGAAGAUCCUGCGCCACUUCAGACAUGAAAAUGUCAUCGCCAUUCGGGAGAUCCUCAUGCCCAAGGAACCUUUAUCAGAGAUGAAAGAUGUCUAUGUGGUCUUUGACUUGAUGGAAAGUGACUUACAUCAAAUAAUCCACUCCAAUCAACCAUUCAGUUUAGAGCACAUCAGGUUCUUUCUGUAUCAGAUUCUAAGAGGUUUGAAGUACAUCCACUCUGCUGAUGUGAUCCACAGAGACUUGAAACCGAGCAACUUGUUAGUCAACGAGAAUUGCGAACUGAAGAUUGGAGACUUUGGAAUGGCACGAGGACUGUCUACAAUAAGCGCAGAUAAGAAGAAAAUGUUUAUGACCUCAUAUGUAGCUACGAGAUGGUACCGUGCACCAGAGCUUUUGUUUUCUUCAGAUGAUUACACUCUAGCUGUGGAUGUCUGGUCUGUGGGAUGUAUUCUGGGGGAGAUGAUUGGUAGGAAACAGAUAUUUCCAGGAAAAAAUCCUAUUGAUCAGCUCUCUCUCAUAGUGAAUGUUCUUGGCAUGCCCCCAACUCACAUGCUGAAAUCAACAAGCAGUGAUCAACUGUACAACUUCUUUCAGAAGAACUUUGCCAACAAGACUCCCAAAGACCUAUCUAAACUCUACCCUAAAGCUGAUCCUCAAGGUUUAGAUUUGCUGGCAAAAAUGCUUAUAUUUGAGCCAUCGGAGCGCAUAACAGUCAACAAGGCACUCCAGCACCCAUUCCUCGCUACCUACUACAGUCCUGAUGAUGAGCCAGACUGUUUCCCAAAGUUUGAUUUUUCCUUUGAGAACCGAGACAUGACAAAGGAACAAAUCAAGCAGCAGGUUGGCAAAAUGAUUCUGAAAUACAAUAAACCAAAAGGAUGGGUCAGUAAAGGAUUGUUGAGUCUUGUUCCAAAGACUGACGUGACAGGUGGUACUACUACACAAUCAGCUAAUAAUUUUGGCUCUCUCCAAACUGUAGGCCCUUCUUCUAGCAACCACAGUAGCCUCAAAACUAUUGGACCUUCAUCAAAUGGUAGAUGUGGACUUCAACCUAUUGGUCCUUCAUCCAGCAAUCAUGGAAGCCUACAAACUAUUGGUCCAUCCUCUAACAGUCUCCAAACCAUUGGGCCUUCCUCUAGGAAUCUGCAAACUGUUGGCCCUUCUUCUCAUACUCUUCAAACUAUUGGUCCUUCUGGAAGCAGGAAUUCUCUUCAGACUGAUGGUCCAUCAAGCAAAAGGGACACUCUGCAAACUGUAGGACCAUCAUCAAGAACAGCAACUCUUGAGACAGUAGGUCCAUCCUCUCAUAAGGACUAUCAAGGGACAGUGUGUGAAGUGAGAAAUGACAAUGAUGAUGAUAAUGCACCGCUCUCCUCCGGUGGUUCACCUCUCAUCAGAGAAAGCUUGCUCUCUGGUCUUUCACAAACCUCACCCCUGUUUGGAGGACUCACUGACCUGUCACCAAAGUUUGUUGCAGCUGACAGUCUCAGCCCAGAAAUCUUCAAACCUCCAAUGGAGCCUAGCAGAAUUCAGUUUGAGAGUCUGGAUUCUAAACCUGAUCCAACUCCUAAUGUUUUUCUGGGAUUACCUGACAUUGGAUCUGUACCUGGCUCUGUAAAUGACGUUGAAAUGCCUAGUGCAAAGUCCACAAGUGGUGACAGUGUGACAUCAUUCUUUAUGUCAUCAGAGAAAAUACCCACCCAAGGAAAGGUAUGCAGCCAAGGAACAACGUCCCUUCUUGUUUCUAGUGACAUUGAAAUGCAAAGUGCAAAAGGAGAAGCAACACCCCUUAUCGGAGAACAAAUUUCUAAUGAAGCAGAAUGUACUGAAGAGAAAGACCGAAAAGAUAAUAGUCAAGGGAGCACUUCUGGUGUACCCCAUACAAGCAAAGAAGCAGAUGGUCAGCGAGACCGCUCCAAUAGCACUGGACAGAAAACCAUCUCAGAAGACACAAAGGCUCUCAUCAAAGCAGCUCUCAUGAACUCUGCUCUCAAGAAUCAUAAAAAGGAGAGAGUAGAAUCUACUUCAAGUGAACCAGGCAAAGGAGGUGGAAAGAUGCCUGUGACAGCGUUAUCUCGUCAGCGGGAACGAGAGGAGAAACGCAAGCAGAAAAUGCGGCGAUCGAUGAAGAAGAAGAAGAAUCGCAAUGACAAAGAGGAAAAGAAUGUACCUCCUGCUCUUUUGACAGAGGAGGAUAAAAGUAUGUUAGAGAGAUGGAAUCGGAUGCAACAAAAAGAAGCUACUGCUUCAAAGUCUCAGGAUGAAAGCUCCAGAAGAGUGAAGUCUGAAUCAGAUGUGCCAUAUGAGCCAGCAGCUAAGUCUCAGGUUCCAAACAAUCCCAAAAGAUCUGACGUUGUGCAAUAUUCAAUCAAAAUUGAAUCAGACGUUUCAAGUAGAAAUGAUUCAAAAAGUUUUAAAGUGUCAGGGAGUCUAAUGGAGUCUCCAAAAUUUGGUGCAACCGCAAGUCCAACUCUCUUUGAUGAGAUAUCAUCUUUGAAUCAAGAAAGUUAUCCGCAAUCCCCUGAUUACCUCUCCCAGCUAGACCUACCUUCAGGGAAUAGUUUGUUUGGAUCUGUUUCUCCCUAUUCCCUUAAUGUGGAGAGCACAAGUGAAACAGGUAACUCAUCUCAAAACAGAAUGCCUUUGGGAGCUACAUGUGGUCCUCAAGAGGAACUACAAUUUAAUUCCACCCUGCAAGCAACAAACCAACAAACCAUGCCCUUCUCGCCCAUGUUUGUUGCAACAUCAAGGAAUCGCUCCGGCAGUGAUGUGUUCCUCAGCCCAAAGAAGUCUCCAAAGCAGCAGUUCCUGUACCGCUCUCCUGCAGAUCGACAGACGCCCUCACCACCCAGUCACAUCCCAUCUCCACCAUCAUGCCUACAGAAAUCACCACCUGAUUACAGGUCCACAACUGCACAAGCCAAUCCUGUAGGGUUGUUUAACAACCAAACCACCUCCUUGGCAGGUCAAUCACAAGACCCUUCUGUAGGCAGACGUAAUGAUUCAACUUCUUCAGACAUCACCACCAUCAUCAGACAGCUUUCUCGCUCUGUUGUGGAAGACACAUUGCCCUCACUGUUAUCUGUGCCUUUACCAGUCACGCCAAAGGGAGAUGGAGGUGGCUAUGGGCUCAGUCUUGAUAUUGAGGAACUGAUGGGAGAAUCUCUUGACCCCAAUGUCCAAAUAAAUGAUGGCAACAGAUGUGAUUCCGCUCCUCUCUCUGCCUCACUCCUCUCUGAUUGGCUGGACGUCCGCAACCUGAACUCUGAAGAUAUGAAGGCGAUUGAGCAGGAUGUGCGUAACCUGACCAAUGAGAACUUACGCGAUAUACAACGUGAGCUCGGACUCACUUCACCUGUAGGUAUACCGAUCAUACCACCUUUGGGUGCAGGGCAGUCAGACAGGAACCGAAAGAUGUAACUGCCAAGAAAUACCUGCCACUUUUACUUAUGAAAAGAUGUAGAUUAUCAGCAGUUCCAAAUCCAUCAUUAAAUGUUAUUUGUGUGUAUGUGCAUUAAAAAAUCAUCUCUAUGUGUCUCUUUUUCAUAAAACUUACACGAAUAUGGUUAUUAGAUCAAUGUAAUUUCAGGUAACUUUUUUUUCAAUCACUUUGUUAAAACCAGGGUGAGAUAUACACAUGCUUAAAUUUUUUUUUUCAUCUGCAAGAGCAGUGCGCAUUUGAGCUUGCAUGCAACUUGAGCGAUGCAAUGAGCGAGUGCGCCACACAUUUUAUUAUGAAAUAUACUUUUUGGGGGGCAAAAUACACUUUUUUUAAUCACAGAAUACAAUUUUUUAUUCCCAGAGGUUGGCAGGUCUGGAUCGACCCACUCUUUCAUUGGUGGAAAGUGACCAUUAUAUAGCACCAAUUUUAGAAAUAUGCAAAGUCUGUAGAAAUAAUGAGUGAAAUAUCAGAUGAUCAAACCCUAGUGUUUUUGUUAUUUCAAAGCAGCAAAUCAACACUGUACUAAAUCAAAUUUUGAUCAAUUUUUAUUUUGCAACUUAAAGUAGACAUAAGCUUUAAUUGAAGUUUUGUUUGCUUGUCAAUCCAUGGGAGUUGUGCAGUACUGGUUUUAUAUGAAGAAUUACUUUCAAAAUUGAAAUUAACUGCAAGCUAUGUCUCGUGAAUCGUCAAUGAUUUAGAUAAAAUAAUUGAAUAAAAAUUCUUCAAAUUUCAAUGUUAAUGAAAGAAAGCAUUAAUUGUGUCAUGAGCAUUUUUUCUCACUGCCAGUAAGAUAAUAAUAUUCAGUUGAAAUGAUAGACUCAUAAUCAUAUGUAGUGUACAUAUAAAACAUGAUUUUAUUCACUAUUGAAUAGUUUACCUGAUCUUUAAAACUGUAUAUAAAAGAAAGGCAUCUAGUUAUCAAAUUUUUAAACUACGUAUGAAUUUCAGCUGUGUGCCAUCUUGACUUGAUAAAAAGUGGUUCUAAUCAUCUGAUCAUAUUUCAUGUAGUAAAAUAACAGAAAAGCAAAUGUGCAGGAAAAAAGUCCGAAGGCAUGUGGCAAACUGUUGUAUCAUUGUAAAUCCUAUCUUGUGUAUUUUUCAUGUAAAACUAGUUGUGUGCUAAGCACUUUCUGUGUAAACAAUUUUUUUUCUUUGCGCAAAGCAAUUGAGAGAAUCAAUAAUUUCUCUACAUCAUCACAUUGGUUUGUGCAAUUUUGGCCCUGUAAUAUUGUACAAUGAAGCAGAACUGUACGUCUCUAGCAAAUCAAUAACAAAAUUUGCAAUCAGUUGUAAAUAUUGAUGGUAACUCUGUAAUACAGGGCCCUUAAGUAUGCAUUAUUUUGAUUUCCAUGGGAAGCCUUUAUUUUUGGAGAGGGGUGUGUGAGCUUUUAAUCAAACAGGAAAAUUGAUUAUCAAUUGUAAUUGUAAUAUUUGCAUUGAUAGUGAUGUGUGAUCAAUGUUUGACACAGCUUUGCCCAGCAAUAAUGUUGGGAUCUACUUUAAAGAAAAUUACAGUGUAUGUUUUUGUGGUUUAUGGUUAAACACAGAUGAUGCUACCCUGAAGGAAAAAUUUCCUGAAAAAGUUAUAUUUGAUCAAACAAAAUAUGAUAGAUAAUUACAUGAAAAAAAAUCUGAAUUGUGAUGGAAAAAGGUCACGUCGAGGAGUUUAUGACGUUUCAGAAUGCGAUCAUCCUUGCAAUUAUUUCUUUAUAAAUGAUGUUGCUGUGAAUAUAGCUUUAAGUUUAUUUUUACUCCACUAAAUAUUAUUGGCCUACAGAAAGGCUUUAUGUGGCAUGUUAAACAUGUAUGAUAUGUAGCAUAGAGUUAGGCUGAAGAUGUGGAUUUGCUUUUAUGCAUUAAAUUAAUCUUGAUGUAGUGCAAUUACAGUUCUUGUUAAGGUGUGCAUUUCUUUAAGACUUCACAAACAGUUUUAAGUUGCUUGUCUCAUGAACUAUUUAAAGUUGAUACAUGUUUACUCAUUUAGAUAAUAUGAUUGCAUUUAUCACUUAUGCAAACCUGGAACCUUAUUUCUUUCAAUUGAUUUUAGAUUAUUUGAAAUACAGUCUUUAUAUGCUGAGAUGUCAAGAAAGCUUAGGGCAUUUCAUUGUUUGUUAGUUAGUCUCAUUUAGAACUGCAGUGUCUGUGUUAAUUGCUUUCUGAAAAAGCACCCUAAAUAGGGAGUGUUAAAAAUGAUUCCAAUUUUUAUAAGCAGGAAACCUGACAAAUAUUGUUGAUUUUGAUGCCAUGAAUGUUGAUUUUCUUUGGUGUUCUUUUGACUCCUGAAAUUUUUUUCCUGUAUUUCAAACUUUUUUUUCUGUAUUGAUACCCUGAAGGGAAAUUUUGAAAGUUUGAAUAUUGAUGAGCCUCAACUUUUUAGUUGUCAAAUAUUAUUUUGACAAAAAAGUGCUGCAUGAAAUGGCAAUGACCUUUUUUUAAUUUUUUGGCUUUUUCAGAAAAUUAUUGCCCCUCCGAACAAUGUAAGGGUUACUUCACAAAAUUUCCAGUGAGUAAAAUAUCAUAAAAUCAUUUAAAAAAAAUUACUCAGAAGGAUAUUUUCAUGAGGACAUAUUUCAGUAUGCUCUCUGUUAUAUGGAUUAUUUCACAGGGUGAAAGAGUGCUUAAAUCCAUAUCAGCCACUCACUGCUUAAUAACUACUCUUUUUUAAUCUUUUGUUUUCACAUUCGCUGACACAGACACUGCAUACAGGUGCAGGUCUCAAUGAGACUUAAUCUCUUUGGUUGUUUGGAAUGAAUUUAUGAACAGGUUAAUACCCCAGACAAGUUAUCUCACAAACAUGUUAGGCAUCGGUUGUCUUUGAGAAACAUUGUAGAAAAUAGAAUGAUUUUGUCAUUGAUCAUGUGUUCGUGAAACGGGCUCCAAGUGUACAUUCAAAAUGGUAUAGAGGAUAUAUGAAUGACAUAGAACAACAGAACUUGAAAGAAGUUAAUAAAAUGUUGCAAUGCUAAUUUUCAACCCAAGAUUUACUCUGUGUGAUGAUGUUUUGUGACAUAAUUCUGCGAUGGACUUCAUUUUAUAUCCCUGGUGAUGUGUGACCGAUAUGUCAAACUAUUGAGAGUAGGUAGGUACUAAUCAAAAUAGUUCUGAAAUUUAUAGUUUACAGGCCUAAAAGCCUGUUUAUAAUGACUGUCACAGCAGGAUGUUUUAGCCAACUCAUGUCGACAUAGUCAAGCUUGUUUAUUGUUAAAUCCCAUUUCUUGUCAAGAAUUAACUCUUUAUAUCAAGAAAUUAAAUUUUCAUUUCAAGAAUUAA